AUGCCCCACUACGAAAUCCACAACAGCUACCGCGUCCCAACCUACAACAAGCGCAAACUCGCCGCAGACCUAACAUCCCUCCACACCCGCCUCUUCGGCACCCCCAAAGAAUUCGUAACCGUAACCUUCCACCGCACAACCGACUGGCGCAUGAACCUGCAAAUCCGCGCGCGCGAAACAUUCUCAAACACGCAAUUCAUCUCUGUCGGCGGCCAAAAAGCUUGGACAAACACUAUCAUCUGCCACGCGACAGCCGGCGCCGAGUAUAACAGGGCGAAGCUGAGGCAGCUUGUUAUAGGGAUUGCGGUGGCGUGGAAUUGGUACAGCAGGCCGUGGAUUGUGGAACAUUGGAGGGAGGAUGAGUGGACGGAUGUGAAGGGAAUUAUGGGGCCGGUGAAGGAUCGGAAGGCGUUGCAUGAGGUUUUUGUUAUGAGUGAUGUGGCGGCUCAUGUUGUUCCGAGUGGAGCUUGGGAGGAUGUGGGGCAGGUGUGGGAGUAG